UUUCUCAGUUAACAUAAACUUAAUCUCUGCUACAACAUGUCUGGACGCGGUAAAGGAGGCAAAGUUAAGGGAAAGGCAAAGUCUCGUUCGUCUCGUGCUGGUCUUCAGUUUCCGGUAGGUCGUAUUCACCGACUACUGCGAAAGGGAAACUAUGCCGAACGCGUCGGUGCUGGUGCUCCCGUAUAUUUGGCAGCCGUUAUGGAAUAUUUGGCUGCUGAAGUUUUGGAAUUGGCAGGAAAUGCUGCCCGUGACAACAAGAAGACCCGUAUUAUCCCGCGUCAUCUGCAAUUGGCCAUCCGUAACGACGAGGAGUUGAACAAACUUCUGUCCGGUGUCACCAUUGCCCAGGGAGGUGUCUUGCCAAAUAUUCAAGCCGUUCUGUUACCCAAGAAGACCGAGAAGAAGGCUUAAACAAUCAUCCUAUUCCAACAAUCAAAAACCGUCCUUUUCA